AUGUACACUCCCGUGCCGUUACUGUGUUCGAGGAGUGGGAUUGACAUUAUUCGGACAUUUUCCGAGAAUACCCCACCCGAACAGCAAAGAAACGUUAUGAAUGGAGAAAGAACGGGGAGGAUCGGAGUGCAGGAUAGCACUGUAGUAUGGCAGCAGCGUGAAGCAGGCAGGGGAUUGGGAAGUCGAGAAGUUCAUGCGGAAAAGUGGCCGGUCCUCCCGCUUGCUCGUGAUAAUAAAUUUAGCGCUAAGCAAAAGCGAGGCGAGGUGAGGCAGAGAGGAAAGAGAAAAUGGCAUCUUGAGCAAGGAUCAGAACCAACGGAACGGUCACAAUUUCCACAUUAA